AAGGUCACACGACAAGCUGUGAAUAGCGGUUAUUGGUAGAUAUUUUGAACCUCCCCUAUAAAUUCUCACCAUUUACUUCCUCUUUUAUUCCCAUCAAAGAAAAAAGAGUGAAAAUGGUGGUAAAGAGAAACGUAUACUACAUCAACGACAAUCUCGACAUGCUCAUCGAAAUACUUAAACGCCUAGACGGCCGGUCUCUCGGCGUCGCCGCCUGCGUCUGCCGCCUCUGGUCGGCCCUCGCCCGCCACGACUCGCUCUGGGAGCACCUCUGCUUUCGCCACCUCUCCCCUCCUCCCCACGGCGUCAGGGCCGUCGUCGCCGCCCUCGGAGGCUACCGAAGCUUCUACAUGCUCUGCUUCAAGCCCGUCGGAGCCGCCGAGCGCCGCCUCUCCACUCGCCAUGAGAUGGACAUCUCCUUGUCCCUCUUUUGUGUCGACUACUACGAGAGAGUCUUGCUCGCCGGCGCCGCUCGAAUCCCGCCGGCGCCGUCGCCGCCCCUCAUUUUCCUAUGCAAUGUUUGACACCGCCGCUGCCUCCUUUACUAUAUAUAUACACCUUUUUCUUAUGCAUGUAUCUCUUAUUCUUCUUUUUCAAAAGCUAUGAUCCUACCGUUUAUUCGGAGCU